AUGUUGCCAGAAGAACAAGAAGAACACAAAACCUAUCUUCUUAAAAGAAAGCACUACCUCAUGAAGAUCAUUGAUGAAAGCUCCUCAGAUCUGUCAGUAGCUGACAAAGUAAUAAUUCAAUCUUCAUGUUUUGUUCAAUUUCUGUCCAAAGCUGAGAAGACGACUGUGCCAUCAGACGACCCACCAUCUGAUGAUGUUAUAAUUGUUGAUGAGCUAAUACCUACCCCAGAGCAGAGAGCUCUUGCUGGCUUUCUCAAGCUGCCUUCAACAUUCUUCUGCUAUAAGAAUAAGCCUGGAUACGUACCUGAAGAGGAUGAAGACGAAGACUAUGAAGACUAUGAAACAGCUGUUAAGAAACUUAAUGGAAGACUGUAUUCCAGUGAUCAAAAAGGGAAAUGGAAAUUGCAAGUAGGCAUCACAGGCAAGACUGCACUGGAAAGUGAACAUGCUAUUACUACUUUGGAAAAUCAACCAACCCCUGGGGAGAAGGCUACAGGACAAACUCUCCAGGUUCCUUCUACAUCUGCCUCGGGCAUUAACAGUAAUGCUGAAGAUGGGAGGCCGGAAGACACUCAGACGGAAGUUAAAAUUCAAAACAUGAAACUCCUGCAACAAGAGGAAGCUCUAAAGGAGAGAGAAGCAUCUCUGGAUAAACUGAAAGAGUUAAAUGAUGAGAUUCUACAGAAGAAGUACUUGAACGAACAAAUCAGGACAGUAGAGGCUCGUUUCAGCUAUCUUGAAGUAAGCUUUUCUCUUAUCUGUACCUGCUUCCUUCUUCGGUAG